GGCUAGCGAUCAAGGGGCCGUGCGUGCAUGCCUGCGAGUGCGAGUGAGUGAGGGAGGGAAGACGGACGGACGGACGGACGGACGGAGGGGGAAAAGGCGAGGACGCCGAGGGACUCCGACGAAAGACGUAAUUUUUGCGGACACCUUCCCCGAAACAUUGUAACGGAAACUUUCAACUUUUUUUUUUUUUUUUUUUUUUUUUACCCGCCAGAGCUCGCUCGGCUGUUGUGCCCGGAGCCGGCUUUGUUUUCGCGGCGGGGGUGUCUGCGCUAAAUGAAGGAAUAAAACGGCUCCGGCUCGUCGGCUUUUCACGCAAGAGGGGCAAAUCGCCGGGAAGGAAAUUUGUCGAGGGGUUUACGGGAGAAUGGCGGCUAACAUGUACAGAGUGGGAGAUUACGUGUACUUUGAGAAUUCCUCCAGCAACCCGUACCUGAUUCGCAGAAUAGAGGAGCUCAACAAGACGGCCAAUGGGAAUGUGGAGGCCAAGGUCGUGUGUUUGUUCAGGAGGCGAGAUAUCUCAGGCACCCUCAACACACUAGCUGACAGCAAUGCAAGAGACUUUGAGGAGGAGUCAAAGCAGCCAGCAGUGUCUGAACAACAGAAACACCAGCUCAAGCAUCGAGAACUCUUCCUAUCCCGACAGUUUGAAUCGCUACCUGCUACUCACAUACGGGGGAAAUGUAAUGUUACGCUACUCAAUGAAACAGACGUCCUUGCCAGUUACCUGGAGAAAGAGGACUGUUUCUUCUACUCGUUGGUGUUUGACCCUGUCCAGAAAACCCUGCUAGCAGACCAGGGGGAAAUCCGGGUGGGUUCCAAAUUCCAGGCUGAGAUCCCUGACAAACUAGCAGAAGGGGAAUCGGACACCCGCAUCCAGGAGAAGCUGGAAACCAAGGUGUGGGAUCCUGACAACCAGCUCAAAGACCCGCAGAUUGACCAGUUUCUGGUGGUGGCCCGAGCUGUGGGGACGUUUGCCCGGGCCUUGGACUGCAGUAGCUCCAUCCGUCAGCCCAGUCUCCACAUGAGCGCCGCUGCAGCCUCCAGAGACAUAACACUGUUCCAUGCUAUGGAUACACUGCAGAAGAACAACUAUGACCUGGCCAAGGCCAUGUCCACCCUGGUCCCCCAGGGAGGGCCCGUGCUAUGCCGAGACGAGAUGGAGGAGUGGAGUGCUUCUGAGGCCAUGCUGUUUGAGGAAGCCCUGGAGAAAUACGGCAAAGACUUCAACGACAUCCGCCAAGAUUUUCUGCCCUGGAAGUCACUAGCCAGUGUGGUACAAUUCUACUACAUGUGGAAGACUACUGACCGCUACAUCCAACAGAAACGACUAAAGGCAGCAGAAGCAGACAGCAAGCUCAAACAGGUGUACAUCCCCACCUACACCAAACCCAACCCUAACCAGAUAAUGGCGCCUGGUAGCAAGCCGGGCAUGAAUGGCGCCGCGGGCUUUCAGAAAGGACUCAGUUGUGAGAGCUGCCAUACGGCCCAGUCUCCUCAGUGGUAUGCCUGGGGACCCCCCAAUAUGCAGUGUAGACUGUGCGCCUCCUGCUGGAUUUACUGGAAGAAGUAUGGAGGCCUAAAGACCCCCACACAGCUAGAAGGCGCCACUAGAACUGGCUCGGAGUCCGGCCCACGCGCCCACAUGACGCGGCAGGAAGUCCAGGGCCUGUCGCCCUUCACACGCAGUGAGGGCCGUGCCAAACUUCUGGCGAAGAACCGGCAGACCUUCAUCCUGCAGACCACCAAACUAACCCGCAUUGCGCGCCGUGUCUGUGAGGACAUCCUGCAGCCCCGCCGUGCUGCCAGGCGGCCCUAUGCAUCUAUCAAUGCCAAUGCUGUCAAGGCUGAGUGUAUGAUCAGGCUGCCUAAAGCUACAAAGGCUCCUCUGAAGAACAGGGUGAUCCCUCGCCAGUCACUGGCCACCAUAGUGAAGGAUCUUGCCAUUUCAGCGCCCCUGAAGUUGAAGGCUCCCCGUGGAGCACCUACACCCAUUAAUCGUAACCAGGCCAACCAGCCACGCGGUGGCCCGGGUCUGCUGGGAAAGAGGCCUUUCGACAGCGCUGGAGGCCUGCCAUUCUCCACCAAUGGAAGGCCGUUCGCUCCUGGUUUGAGAACCACCUCCCAGUCAGUCAUUAAACGGCAAAAAGUAAACCAGGGAGAUGCACCCAACCCAGUGGUGUUCGUGGCCACAAAAGACACCCGGGCCCUGAGGAAACACCUGACCCAGUCUGAGAUGCGGCGGGCAGCCAGGAAACCCCACCUGCCCGUCAGAAUCAAGCUGCCGCCGCCUCCCAGGGCCAUCGCCAUGCCUUUGCUACCAUCCAGUACCAGCGAGCCCAUUAUUCUGGAAGACUGAUGAGGGCACCAAGAGACACUAGAGGGCUGUCUCAGCAGGACAUGGGAGGGCAUUGGGGUGGGGGAUGGAG